UUACAUGAUACUUAAGGAAAAAUUAGUAGCAGCAAGUAAUUAUAAGAUUAUUAAUAAUAUUGAUAAUGAUGAUGAUGGGGUGGACAAGAUCAGCCGAUUGCCGGACGAUAUUCUCGUAUCGAUAAUCUCACGGCUGACGGUGGCCGAAGCUGUGUGCACGAGCGUCUUAUCCACACGUUGGCGUGGGCUCCACAAGUACAUCACCCGCCUCGAUUUUUCUCCGACCUCCAAACAACUACAAGCAUUUAAAGAUCAAGAAAAGAAGCGCGGCCGCAACAAAAAAGGUGAUGAUCGAGUAUUCGAGGAGGAGGUCGUAAGAAGUUGCGCUGGCAUAAUUGAUCGCACAUUGGAUUCACUCAAGGGAGGUGCGGCUCUAGAAGAAAUUCGACUCUACUUACCUUGGUUCCAGAUAAACACGUGGUCGGAAGACGAGACAUGGCCAAUCAAGAGGUGGCUCGAUUUCGCGUUUUCCAAAAAAGUCGUCCGAACCGUCCACCUACACUUAAAUUCCGUUCACGCAUCAGCCCGCUUUCCCGUUCCUCCUUGUGAUUUCGAAAGAAACUUACCGGCCUUCAAAUCCCUAAAAGAGCUAUCUCUACAAGGCGUUGAUUUCGACGACGAGGGAUUGAGGCUACUGCUUUCGAAUUCCAUCGCUCUCGAGCGCCUCUCGAUUUCGCAUAUCGAUGCAUUAAGCAACGUGCGUAUAUCUGGUGAUUUGGCGCCAAAGUUGAAGCACUUGAGCAUAAGUGUGUGUUGGAGUAUCAAAACCAUGGAGAUUAGAGACAUGACGAACCUCGAAUCUAUGAGGUUUCAUGAAUUUUCGAAUUUUUGUCACCUCGCGAUAGAAAAUGUGCCGAGGCUUGUUGAGUUGGACACUAAUUCUAUCGAGAUCGGAACUGAAAUCCUCUCACGCGGCAAUAUAAUUAGUGAGCAAUUGGCGAAGGUUAAACAUGUGGAGUUGGAAUGUCAUCUAUUCAGGAAUACUUUUAGCUUCCACGACCUCGUUCGUUUCAUCGACGCUUGUCCGUGCUUGCAGAGACUCGAGAUUAAGUUUACGACAACAAACUUUCACGAUAAGUAUUAUCAUAUGAAGGUGGUGAACAAGGCCUCAAAUGAUGAUCAUCCGAAAACGGUGAAACUGUCGGGAAUCAAAGCGUCUCCGAACGAAGUGGAACUCGGGGUGCUCGUUAUUGGAAAAGCUACGGCACUUGAAGAGCUUAUCGUGGAAAUUAGCCCCGACAAAAGCUACACAAACCGAGAAAGGACGAUAGCUCGUGUACGGAAAGAAUUUCAACCAAUACUACAAGAUUCGGUUAAUUUUGUUGUUGUCUAGAUAUUUAAUUUAAUCUAAGACCAUCGAAUUUAUAUUAUAUGCUGCUUGGCUGUGCUUUCAGAAUGUUAACAAAAUUGUUUUUCAAGUCCUGUUUGUGC